AUGGUGUCUCCACGUUCUAUAUUGAAAGCGUUUGCUGCAAUUGCACAGGAAGAGGGUGUUGGUGCACAUGUUAGACGUUCAAUCGGUACAAUGAAGCAAAGAAACUUCCCACCUUUCCUUAUGUUGGAUCAUUUUACAGUUCAGGCACCAGCUGGGUUCCCAGAUCACCCUCAUUAUGGAUUCUCCACAGUUACUUAUGUCCUGGAAGGUAUGGUGGCUCAUGAAGAUUUCACCGGAUCAACAGGUGUCUUGAGACCAGGUGAUUUACAAUUCAUGACUGCUGGUAAGGGUAUUGUUCACGCAGAAAUCCCCGUUAGAACAGAAGAUAACAAACCUUGUGUUGGUAUGCAACUAUGGGUUGACCUGCCACAAGAGUUGAAGAAUUGUGAUCCUCUGUAUAGAGAUUUGAAAAGAGAAGAGAUCCCUAUUGCCAAACCAAAUGAUAAAGUCACUGUUAAGGUCAUUGCAGGAGAAGCCUAUGGUGUAAAGUCCGUACAGAACUUGGCUAAAGUCGCUGUUGAUUAUUACGAUUAUGAAGUUGCGCCUGGUGGAUCUUUCAUCCAAGAGUUUCCAAAAAGCUACAAUGUCUUCCUCUACAUAAUGCAAGGUGGGCUUGAGGUUAACGGUACAAAAAUGGCUCAAUACAGCGCGGUAUUCUUUGACCGUGAUGGUGAUGCUGUUACUGCAAAGGUUCCAGAGUCUCAAAAGGGUAGCUCGAGAUUCGUGGUCAUUGGUGGACAGCCACUAGACCAACCAGUUGUGCAACAUGGUCCAUUUGUUGCCACAAGCAGAGAAAAGAUCUAUGAAACCUUCAUGAACUACCAAUCAGGUCAAAAUGGAUUUGAGAAGGCCCGCGGAUGGUCUUCGAAAAUUAGAGAAGGUAUCACAGAAAAGGACGUCAAGGCACAAGAAGGCGAACAGAGAGAUGAGCUGUGA